CCAAAUUGAACUGCGAUGACACUUUCUCCAUAAUUAUCCCUUCCGCUCUCUUCCGCCCACUCUCUCUUUGCUUGCUUGCUUGCUAUAUUUCCUUGCCAGCUGGCGUCGUACGAACAAGACCCUUCUUUUUUGUUUCUUGCGGCUGUUCUGUUGUAGUACAGAUCCUAUCCUUUCAACGUCAUUCUUUUUACAGCCCCCAAUCACGUUCUCUAGCCAGCAAACGUCGACAUUCUUUUGCUAUUACGACAUGACAGCCGUCAUGAGACACCAGCCGGGGCUCGCCCCAAAUGCUCCUUCAGGACGACAAGAUGUCAUUAGCGCUCUUUUAAACGAUUAUGGGAAUUCUUUUGGUGGAGGCAAUGGAAAUGUCUCGCCGUAUGCACUUUCGCCAGUACCGACAUUCACAAAGGAACUUCCCCCACCACCACCGCUGGGUGGUGAUGAUAAGCCGCUUCCACCUGUAAUGAUGCAGUUUCAAUUGCGAGUGGACGAACCCCGAAGCCCACUCCACUAUAAUGGAGGCCGAAAAGAUUCUGUAUCUUCAUCCUCACCGCCCACGAAAAUUGUAUCGCGGUCCAUGUCACGAAGCUCGAAGCCACCGUCGCUCAGACUCCUAUCGAGCAACGGUUCUACAGCAACACUCCCUUCUACGCCGAGGCCGAAUGCAAAUGCUUCCUCCAGACCAAUCACUCCGGCGACAGCAUCGACAUUGAUCACAACAACACGUCGCUCUUCAGAAGAACGCCCGCUACCUGACCUUCCGCCACCUCCACCUGAAAAGUCAAAGCGAAGAAGCUGGGGUAGAAGUGAUAGCAGCAUGGGGAUAUCACAGCCGAAAGUUUCUAACGAUGGUUUGCAGGAGCAACAAGGAUCAAAGCCACUUCCGGUUGUUAAACGCAAGCCGCUUCAAACACUCGCCGAUCUUUCUGGACCACGGGGAAGAAAGAUGGGAGCGAAACCGCCGACAGCAGUUGUGCAGAACCAGAGCGAAAGCACCAGCAACACAACUCCAGUGCCGACAAAACCAGAACCUAUUCCCGAAGCCUCGCAAACCCAUCCAUACGAAGAUUUCUCACCCCGUAAAGCGGUUUCUGGAGAUCGACCAGCACUGAGCACUAUCCCAACUACUCUAGCCCCGUCUCCACUAUUAGACGAGCCUGAGCCAGCCACACGAUCCGUGAUGCAGGCCCCGAGGCCAUUCGUCGGUCUCCCAGCUCGUCCAUCACCACGGCCAAGGCAGAGUCAAGACGCCGAGCCCACGCUUAGUUCAAGCAAUCACCACCGCGGCAAGAGCAGCACAGGGUUUGACAUCUUCAAAGGAACAAACAAGUUCAACAACCCGGCUCCUCUCAACACCUCCAACAACUCCAACCCCAACCCUUCUAACAACACGCGAAACCCAAACGUGGUAAACACCCUAACUCCCUCGCCAACACCACCCGCAGAACAGAGUCCACCACCGUCGAACCAAGUUCAGAACCAGCAGCGACAAGAGCAACACAUCCAACCAGUCAAGCGCCCCGAUUUUGGACCCGAGAGUCCCGUAUCCCCUAUUUCUCCGCCGCGAGAAGGACGACGGCCGUUUAGUUUCGAGCCCGUUGCAAUAGCGCCACGCUCGAAUCCGAAUCCAGCAGCGGGGGCAAAUGCGAAUGCGAGAUCAGUGUCACCGAUUUCACCGCCGUUGCAGACAGUACCAGCUCCACGGUCGCAAUCGCAACCACAAGUGCAACUUCAAUCCCAACCCCAACCCCAACCCCAACCCCAACACCCCACAUCCAAAUCUAUCUCCUUUCCAACACGCACAACCUCAAUCCCCCAACACCCUUCUGCCCCCUCCCCCUCCUCCUCCCCUAAAACACCACCACCCUACAUCCGCCCCUCGCACCUCCCCGCACCCCCCCUAAACCGCUCCCACUACCACUGCUAUCACUCCCACGCGCACUUCAACAUCUCUUCCAAUCGUUUUGCGCCCAUGGGCUGUCAAGUCUGUCACCACGUCGACAAACUCGACCGCUGGGCGUGUACAUGGUGCUACCUGCGGAUCUGUGGACGGUGCAAAACCGACCUCGAACGCGUGCCUGGGAGGAAGGUAGAGGUGUUGGAAGAGAGAAGGAGGGCGGAGAUGGGUAGUCCCCGGACAGUUGUGAGUGUUGUCUUGGAGGGGGAUGAGGGAUUGCAGUAGAACCAAGGGGUUAAUAGGGGUUAGGCGGCGUUAUUCGAAAUGUUUUGGUUGGGUGGGGGCUUACUGGAACUUACAUGUUGGUCUUUUGGGAUAGAUGUUCUGGGCGGGUUUAUACAAUGCUAGAGAGCCGGCACUCAGCGCUUGUUGGAAUGAUAAUGCCAAGUUCCGAAUUGCCCCCUACAAUCUCACAUGUUUCCUGGCCUUA